CGAGGAAAAUCAAAGUCCAUUCAGCGACUUUUGUAGCUGGCCAUCUAUAUAUAAUACACAAUCCUAUCAUAAUCUAACCCAUGCAAGGGAUAACGAAUAAUACCCACUAGAAAACGCUAGAUGGAAUUAAAACUCCAUGAUACUACCCACAAAAAGGAGGGGAAGAAAGAAAGAAGGCUAAAAAGCCAUAAUACCACAACCCUCUCCCCGGUACCAAGCCACUUACUACACAACUAACCACCCCCGUUCCACACUCUCUCCUUCUCCCUCUCCACCCACCUUCCAAAAUCCUUCCUAAACCCACCACUCCUCCCCUUCACCACCUCUUCAAACGCCACCCCCCUCCCAACCCUACGCUCUGCCCCAACGCAACUAAGGUCCAAUAACGGAAUCAUCGAAGGCCUCCCAUGCGCGCACUGAAACGGAAACUUACAUUCCGCCAGUUUGCCAAUCAGCACGCGACACUCGCCGAGCUCCAGAGGGUCGUUGAACAUGAUUGCACUGCGGCAGGCGCGGGAGUUGACCAUAUCUGCCAGCGCGGCUGGGCAACGUGAAAGCAGCGGCGCAUGAGGGUCUAAAGACGAGGCGGUCGGGGUCGAGCUAGGGAGUGCCAUGGUGGAGGUAUCCUCGAGAACGGGGAUAUGUCGGCGGAGGAUGUCUAUGGCGAGUGAUGGUUGGGAGGCGCAGCGGUCGGAGACCAUUUCCGGGAGGGAGGUUAUUGUUAGCGUGUUUUGCUUCGGAUCCUCUUUCUCCUCUCUCCCGCCGAUUGUGAUGGUGUAGUGUAUCUUCCAUUCGGAGAAUGAAGCGCGGUGGCGGGUGAAUAACUCUGUUUCUCUGUGCGAGAUUUUGUACGUUAGGUUCCCGCCCAGUGUCCCUGUUUGGUCUCCCCGUGGCUUCCCUUCUGGGGAACAUAGCUCCGUAAACAAGGCUUCCACGCGAACGCGCUCGUCCGCGGCGUGCUGGUCUACUAUCACCAAGAGGCCGGACGGAUCUGGGGAUGAGGAAGUAGUUAUUCCGGCCAUUUUUAUCAAGACGUACUUCUUGUCUACCUGUGAGAUGACUUCCGCAUUUCGGAGACCCGUUUUGGUUAGUUUUCCUAACGUCGAAGCAGUCUCAAAUAACGGCGAGUUGGUCGCUGGGUGGGCACAUCCAGGCACAAAUUCGGAGGUGUGAAGUGUGAUCCGGGGUAUUGGAG